AAGUGCGAGCCUACAAAGUUUGUCUGCUGCGGGGCACCGUAGUAGUUUUACCCCGGCCGGGCGGGCAGGGCUGGGCUGGCUUGGGUUAGGUUGAGCUGGGCUGCUGGAGCCCAGCUCUGCCUAGGGACCCUGAUGGCCGCGGUGUUUCUAGUAACGCUCUAUGAGUAUUCGCCGCUUUUCUACAUCGCAGUGGUCUUUACCUGCUUCGUCGUGACCACUGGCCUGGUAUUGGGAUGGUUUGGUUGGGAUGUUCCAGUAAUUCUGAGAAAUUCAGAAGAGACCCAGUUCAACACAAGAGUUUUCAAAAAGCAAAUGAGACAAGUCAAGAAUCCGUUUGGCUUAGAGAUCUCUAAUCCAUCCUCAGCUUCACUUACAACUGGCAUAACUUUGACAACAGAUUGCCUUGAAGACAGCCUCUUGACAUGUUGCUGGGGAUGCAGUGUUCAGAAACUAUAUGAAGCUCUACAGAAGCACUUUUAUUGCUUCCGAAUAAGCACUCCAGAAGCAUUGGAAGAUGCGCUAUAUAGCGAAUAUCUCUACCAAGAACAGUAUUUUAUUAAAAAGGACAGCAAAGAAGAAAUCUAUUGCCAGUUACCAAGAGAUACUAAAAUUGAAGACUUUGGUACAGUGCCCAGAUCACGCUAUCCAUUGGUAGCUCUGUUGACCUUAGCAGAUGAGGAUGACCGAGAAAUUUAUGAAAUUACUUCCAUGGUGUCAGUAAUUCAUAUUCCUGAUAAGACUUACAAACUUUCCUGCAGAAUACUGUAUCAAUAUUUACUCCUGGCUCAAGGUCAAUUUCAUGAUCUUAAGCAACUUUUUAUGUCUGCAAAUAAUAAUUCCACUCCUUCCAACAUUUUCUCACAAGAAGAAAGAAGCAUAGACCGGAGUUUGUUAGAAAAGGCUGGACUGUCUGAAAAUGAAGUAGAGCCUGCUGAGGAGAACACAAAGGACUGUGUUGUUUGCCAGAACGGGACUGUGAAUUGGGUGCUCUUGCCGUGCAGACACACGUGCUUGUGUGAUGGCUGUGUUAAGUAUUUUCAGCAGUGUCCAAUGUGCAGGCAAUUUGUUCAGGAAUCUUUUGCACUUGGCAAUCAAAAGGAACAAGAUAAAGACAAACUGAAAACUCAGUGAGGAUGUUGUUACAACUGAAAAAUACACCUUUCACUGAAGAGGCAGAAAUUUGUGUUCUUGAGCUAAUCAUAACGUGGAAUCUAUAAUACUGACUGUUGGUGAAAAUUCUGUUUUAGUGCACAUUUGUAGGGUAUAUGGAUAUACAUCUGACCUAUGUUACAUGAAAAUUAAUUAUUCCUUUCUGUUCAGUAUAGUCAAUACUAAGAUACCAUCUUUAUUAAUAUAUAAAAUUUCACUCAACUCUUUAGAAGGAUGCAUCAUCACUAAAGGAUUUCAUAGAAUGUAGAUUAGAAAAAUUCUGAAAAACAAUCCAUCUAAAAUUUGAGGAGAUAAAAGUCUUAAGGUUUCUGAAUGUUUUUCCUUUGACAUAACCUGGAAUACAAUUAGAAAAGCAGAACUGUUCUUAAAGUAAUUCUAUGUUCCUGCUUUUCAAAGGAGAUGGAAAGGGCUUGUAAGUUUAAAUCCUUCCCAAAAUAACAGGUUUUAUAUAUAUAUAUAUGUUUGGUUUCUAAUUUUCCUUAUAAUCAUAGGCGUAUAAAUACAAGUCUUAAUUUUUAAAUAUAAUUUCUUAAAUCAUAAAUACAAAAUACAUCGUGAUGGUACACAACAUAUCAGAUUAAAAGAUUAAAAUGUUAGUCCUCUAUAGGAGAGAUAUAUACAACACGGAUAAUAAAAUUUCUUGGGUAAUUUAUUGUUAAUAUGAUUAGAUUAGUCAGUGUGCUCUGCCAGUGAGCGUCUGUGAUACUCUUAAUGCCUUACCUUUGAUUUUCUCCUGCGUAACAAAUCCAUCCAAAAUUGGUGGUGCGUUGGGAGUUCUGAGCCAGGGAAAUAUCUAAAAGAAGCAAGUAACUAUUUUUUCCAGUGCGUUUUUAUUCCAAAUAAACCCCAUAUCUUUCUGAAUGAUAAAUUACUUUGUUCAUACCUUGUUAUAGCCUAGAAAGAAUGGAGAGAUCUGAAUGGCAAUGAAAUCUAUCCUUACUAUUUCCUAGAUGAUUAAGAAGACAAAGGUAAAUCAGAGCUUCCUGAGUCACCAGUGGAAAUUACUUUAAACUCACCAAGAAAUUAGAUCUCAGAAAUAAAUUGACAUUCAGGGAGAUUUUCAAGCCUUUUAUGUUCUAUUUGAAGAGUAAGGCCUUAUACCUCUGUAGCUUUGCUUUUACAUAAUACAUUUCAUUCUAAUCAAAUAUAGUACUCUCAAAAAGGUAUUACCUGUUCUCCAUUUUAUAAACCAAGUCAAAUUUCCAUUUAUAUUCAAUAGCUAUUUGAUAGAUACUUUCUAGAAUCUAGAUACUGUUUGGGAGUCUGGACUACAAAGAUUCAGGCAAAGCGCCUGACCUCAGGUAUGAAUGAAGUGUUGACUGUUUUGUAGAAGCACAUACCCACUUUGGAAAUCCUGAUGGCUGUUCUAGCCCUGCCACUGGAAGCAGGGCUGUCAGAAGCUACCGUCUCUGUUGUAGUUAGGCAUCUGGCUAGCAGUUCUUAGAAACCCACUUUGUGGUAUAAAUUGGAGGAAUAAUCAGAAGUCUUUUACCUAUCCCACCAUCCUACUUUCUUUUAAGACAUGUUUGUACAUAAGUUGUCUUUGACACAUGGUUGCUUUCAUGUCUUGAAGUAGAUUCCACCAACAAUCUAACUCCAUUUUCCAGAACUUUUUGUUAAAUAUAUUAAAAUUAGAUUAUAGAAAUUUACCAUUUUAACCAUUGUUAAGUACACAAUUAAGUGACAUUAAAUGCUUUCACAUUGCUAUUGCAACCAUCACCAGUAUCCAUCUUCAAGCUUUUUUCAUGAUCCUAAGCUGAAACUAUAGUCAUUAAACAAUAACUCCCCAAUUCUUCCUCUCUUUUGCCUCUAGUAACCACCAUUAUACUUCCUUGUCUCUGAAGUAUAAGUUAACUGUCCUGGGUAUUUCAAAUAACCGUAUUUGUGGAAUCGUAUUUGUUUUUUUGUGUCUGACUUAUUUCACUGAGCAUGUUCUCAAGGUACACCUAUAUUGUAGCAUGAAUUAGAAUCCUUACUUUUUAGAACUGAAUAAUAUUCUGUUGCAUGUAUAUACCACAUUUUGUUUAUCCAUUCACCUAUAGUUUUUCAUAACACUAAAAGAUGAUUUGCCCUUAAUUCCUGUUGCAGCUAAUAUAUUUGGUUUUCCUGCCCUUGGUGGUAAUUUAUAUGAGGGAUUUGGUAAUUAACAAAAACAAAAACAGUAAUUUGUAGAGGUCAGUCAGAAUUUGCUAGUAGUAGUAAGUGACACUGAGUGAGAACCUUUAUAAAAACACUUUAUUUGAAUGAACUGUUAAGUAAAACAUUUGGUUUAUGUAGAUCAUUGGUUUAUGCCCAAAAUUCCAGAGGGCUACACUAUACAGACUUAACUGGUGACUAGCUGCCUCCUUCAGCAAUGCCAGCUUUACCUAGGAAAGUUCUUAAGUGGCUAAGCUUCCCUCAGGGGAAUAAUUUAAAAACUAUCAAUAGGAACGACACAAAUCAUUGAAUUAUCUCCUGUGGGGUCAUCUUAUUUUUUUAAGCCUCCCCAUAAAUUGUGGAGUAAAGAGUUGUGUUGUGGUUUGUGGAAAUUUGAAGCAGCAACAUAGAUAGAGUUUAGAAAGGGUAGGAGGUAAUGAUUUCAGUUACUCUGUCCUGCCUCAAAUGAUCCCUUUUCUUCUGAAUAAUGCCCUAAAUCCAUUGCUCAGAUUUUGAAAACUAUCUUCCUUCACGGUACUUCUUUGAAGCACAGGAUUUUUACAUUUUUGAGGGAGUCAGAUUUAUUUAUUUUUUUCCUUUAUCAUUUGUGGUUCUGUUUUCAAAGAAUGUUUUACCUAACUCAAGAUCACAAAGGUUUAUUCAUUUUCUUUUAAAGUUUCUAUCAUCAGGCCUAUGAUCAAUUUUGAGUUAAGUUUUGUAUGUGGUGUGAUGAAAGAGGUUCACAGUCAUUUUAUUUGCAUGUGUAAAUUCUCAGGAAAUAUUAGUAAACUGAAGUCAAUGAUACAUUAAAAAUAAUCUUGCACCAUG